GCGGGUGUCUGGGGACGGCCGGCGGGGGCUGUGGAGGCGUUGGCAGCGGGCUGGGACCCACGCGGCGCCGCGGCCCACCUGGCCUGCAGCGGUCCCACCCCCAGCGGCGGCGGCACGAUGCCCUUUGACUUCAGGAGGGGUGCCUAGCAUGACACGCUCCUCUUGAAUCUAGUGCUCACUGCUUUGUGUGUAGUAAUGACUAGUCAUAGCCCUGGCCCCACCCCUUCCCAGCUGUGGGACCUCAGGUUUGACAUCUACAGGAAGGUGCCCAAGGACCUUACGCAGCCAACGUACACUGGGGCCAUUAUCUCUGUCUGCUGCUGCCUCUUCAUCCUCUUCCUCUUCCUUUCGGAGCUCACUGGAUUCAUAACGACAGAAGUUGUGAACGAGCUCUACGUCGAUGACCCGGACAAGGACAGCGGGGGAAAAAUUGACGUCAGCCUAAACAUCAGUUUACCUAAUUUGCACUGUGAAUUGGUUGGGCUCGACAUACAGGAUGAGAUGGGCAGGCAUGAAGUGGGGCACAUCGACAACUCGAUGAAGAUUCCACUGAACAAUGGGGCGGGCUGCCGCUUCGAGGGGCAGUUCAGCAUCAACAAGGUCCCAGGCAACUUCCACGUGUCCACACACAGUGCCACAGCCCAGCCACAGAACCCGGACAUGACCCAUGUCAUCCACAAGCUCUCCUUUGGGGACACACUGCAGGUCCAGAACGUCCAUGGGGCUUUCAACGCUCUUGGGGGAGCAGACAGACUCACCUCCAACCCUCUCGCCUCCCAUGACUACAUCUUGAAGAUCGUGCCCACUGUUUACGAAGACAAGAGUGGCAAGCAGCGGUACUCUUACCAGUACACGGUGGCCAACAAGGAGUAUGUUGCCUACAGCCACACGGGCCGCAUCAUCCCCGCCAUCUGGUUCCGCUAUGACCUUAGCCCCAUCACGGUCAAGUACACAGAGAGACGGCAGCCUCUGUACAGGUUCAUCACCACGAUCUGUGCCAUCAUCGGUGGGACCUUCACUGUUGCUGGCAUUCUGGACUCGUGUAUCUUCACAGCCUCUGAGGCCUGGAAGAAGAUCCAGCUGGGCAAGAUGCAUUGAUGACCCACCCGGCCCAGUGGCCUAGGACCCAGGGAGACCGGCAGCCCUGCCUCCAGCACCCUGUCUCCUCCUGCCCUCUGUCUGGCCCAGGACCUGGCUGCUUCCCAACAUGGGGGUGGGGGGAGGUAGGAGGCGGCUCACGGUUUCACAGCUACCUCUUCUCCCCAUGGUUGAUUAUAGAUGAAUUACACUGCC